GGGCUCAUAGAAAAGAUGUGUUCUCAGCUAGAAGCGGCCCAGGAAUCAACUCGCACCAACUUGAAGACUCUCGGGUUUACAAUUUUAAUGUGUACACGGCUGUUGGAAGCUUGUCUUAAAGAAUUAACCAUUCGGAAUAACCUGGAUUGCAUCUGCCAAGUGAUAAAGCUGCUACUUGCAAGCAUCUGCAGACAGAGACGAGAAGUUGAUGAGAGUGCGGAUCAGGAGAGAAGGCAGAAAAACGAGAACGAAGCCAUCAAAGUGUUAUUAGCAAGCCUUCGAACAAGGCUGAGAGUUGAUCUGUCUCCCUACAUGUCGUACUAUUACGGAGGCGAUGCUUUAGCAGAUGAACUCUUGGUAUGGAGUGAGCUACUUUUGGUUACAGAUAAAAAACAAGGCUUCACCGCUUAUCGGGAAUUCUUGAUUAAUGAAUUGUCCAUUCGAGCAAGACGGUUGGAGGAAAAGUACCUCGUUGACAUCUUUUGUGAAGUGGAUAUGGAUGCUUUUGAAAAAGGUGUUGGAGAGCUGUUCACAAACCUUGCAUUUGAGGCCGUGGAAAGGAUUAUUAACUCAGAAAAAGUAGGAGUGGGCGAGCGAGUAUUUUACGUGAUCACAAAAAAAUGUAACCAACCUGAUACACACUCAAAAGCAGGAAAAUAUGGCGAGCUUUUGUCGAUGUUGCUCACAAAGUCCUGGCCAAAGGAAGGACAGAAAACACACACGUCUUCUUUGGAUCCUCAGACUGUUCAAUUUCUUCUGACCUGGAAACCUAUGACUGGAUACCUCAAAUUCUUUGGAGAUGAGUCUGGAAGAAGCGGCAUACUUACGCCUGCAGGUCUGGAGAAGUUGUUUCAGGCUAAGUCGUUAUUGGACGCUCUUGUAAGAAUUAUGUUAGAUGGCUCAGUAACGGUCGAGGUUUUACUUCUUGUCCAGAAGCAUAAAGCAACGUUUCUAGAACUUUUGGAGACAGCGUCUGGUGUAGAUAACAAUGAUGCUGAGCUUAGCGUGGUCCAACGAAUUGAAGAAAUUGAGGAAUUUUACACAGUACGGGAAAAUGUUGGGAGAUUUAUUGCAAUGUGUGAUGUAGUCCCACCAGUCGACUUGGGCAACCUUAGGAGUAGAGCGCAGCUGGAUGUUACAUUAUACCAGAUUCGUGAUUUGUGCAAACGCUUAGACGACAACAAAAUCGAGAUCACGUUAUUCCAAUUAACCUCAGCCGCAAAGGAGGUUCUCCCGAUCCUUGGAAGAGUUCGAGAGAGUUUAACGUUCCAAGCCCUUUGGACGAGAUAUGAAACAAAAGCUCAAACAGUUAGAAAGAAUGACGAGGCCAAAAGACGACAUCUCAGUCUUUCCGAUGUAGUUGAAAACGUUUGGACACCAGCUUUUGAAAGUUGGACGAAAGAUGUUGCCAGUGUCAAAGAUGGAACUAUUUCUCUUGGAGAUGUUGACAAGCUCUUUGACAGCUAUAGAAACCGCAAAAGUGAACUCGAGGGAGAGUUAUCCUGCAUGUUUAAAGUGAACACAGGUCAAACAAUUACAAACCCCAAAGAAUUAAAUAAAACUGUUAGAGAGCGAGUUGCUCAAAUUAAACGUUACCAACAGCUUCAUCAGUAUUCCAAUGCAGCAGACACCAUCUGGGAGUUUAAAGAGGCAAUGGGUUUUACCGGGAACUUCAAAGUUGUUGAAGAUCUGCGUAAUCAGUUAUCAGUAGAAUUCAAGCAAAAGCCCUUGCACAGCAUUGGGGAAAGCUUUUCAAAGGCCGGUCAAGCUCUUCAAUGUUUGGAUGUCGAUAAGGCUCAGUGCCUGAAAGCAGUGGUAGACAGUAAAAGGCUCGUGGAGUGGUUACGUUCUACUAUCAAAUCUACUCAAGAGCUUAAGGUUCUUGUUGACUUGGCUUUGAUCUCUGCCGGUGAAAGCGACAUGGAAACUGACCGCAUAUCCAGUCUGCAUACCAGCUGCUUGGGUUUUGCUCCUCUGAUAUUUGACCUCAAAGAGAGUGAAAAACAAAGAGUGAAUUUUGAUCAACUGAUGAACGCCUGUGAUCCUGUUUGGAAAGCCGUCGAGACGGAUCAGAUGUUACCCAGAAAGCUGUACGACACAAACAGACAUUUGGAGUGGCUUAAAACUGUCAAAGAGUCUCAUGGCUCGGUUGCCAUGACGUCAUUAGUGCAGGCUAAGACGAUCAACUCCAGUGGUGUAUAUCUUGUGGGCCAUUUGGACACCGAGAAAGGUCCGUCACCAGAACAAGGAAAACGAUUGUCAUUCAAAGAUGUGAUCCGACUGACGGUUCCCCUUAGAGAAGGAAGUGAAAAGGAGCAGAGAAAAACUUAUUCGAUUGACGAACUAAAGGACUUGCAGAGUAAACUGAUGUUGAUCGCAGGAAAGGCUGAAAAAGGGAAGGAUGACGUGGAGCAGUUCGUUAGGAAUCUUGAAGGCGUCAUGCGUUUAGCAACUGCAUACAUCGACCUCUUUGAAUCUGGUUACAUUCAUCGUAUGAAUUGGAGCCAAGAAUAUCACUGUAGCAAAGAUCAAGUCGCGGGCGAGUCUGUUGCGAAGGAAUUGGAUGAAGAGAGCUCCUUCAUGGAAACGUGUUACAAGAACUGGAAGAAGAAGGUCAGUGAUGCAAGGAAGGAGUAUAGGGAAUUGAACUUCUUCACCACGCAGCAGUUGAUGACACUGAGGAAAGAAAUCGCCACAGUUUGCCACAGCAACGACCUCGCUAUGAACAACAUUCAAGUGCUCACUUUGCUGGAAAGUGUUCGUCCCAGUUUGACCAGCGAACAGGUAAAAUCAGCAAUAGAGCGUGCUUUUAAGGACGCAGAAUUACGCGAGAACCGCAGAGGAACAGCGGAGCUGCCUUCAUUCACUCAUGUUCCCUCAGACGAUGAAAUAGUGACUCGCAAGUCAAUGUUUGACAACAACAACCACGCGAGCACGAGCUUUUCAACAGCAACCAGUACGUGUCGAGUACAAACUAUAUCUGUCAAGAAACCGAAGCCAAAGGAAACAUCGAAGAUUCAAAGUUUCUUGAAUGCAGCUGCCGAUGAUGGUUAUUCGGAGCAGAUCGCGUUGGCUGCUUUGGCAAGGCUAGGUGUUGAUGCAGAAGAAGACGACUUACUGUUGUGGUGUCUUGAAGAAGCCGACGAGGCUGAUAUCGAGGCUCUUUACGAAGAUGCGAAGCAAAAUCCCAUGAUUGCCCGAGAAUUAUUCCCAGAGGGGUUGGAGUCUGUUGAUCAGGAUGUGCCAGCAGAAGAUUUCUGUGAAAACGAAACCGACACAGACCAGGUAUUGGAGAUGUCGUCCAAGCCUGCUGAAACCAUUUUUGAAGAGCACGCGGUUAGCAAAGACGAAGAUAACGAAACAGAGAUCAGUCAAUAUCUUACACUCACUCAGCUUGGAAUCAUCCUGAGAGAACUCUCAGUUCUAGGAAUUGGAGCGACAGCUCGCACUUUUCCAGCAUUCUUAAAAAGGGGACGACCCAACCUCAUGCUUGUUCCUAAAGAUGACAUCCUUGCUACAGUCCUCGCCCUUUAUAUGCAUGACAAAAAGCAGCCUUUGCCAAGCCAUGAAGAGGUGCUCCUUUGCACUCCUGACACCACCACAGAAGAGAUCGAGUUGCUAUGGAGACGUGCAAUAGGGGACAUGGAGAACCGCUUUUAUUGUCUCGCACACGCAGAUGUGUUGGAUUUUUCAGUCAGUAAGCAGGCAGUGGAAAUACUUAGUGUAGUGACACGGGGACUUGCUGGCAAGAAUGAAGAACAUUAUGGCAUUGUAGUAAUCUGCAGUAGCGAGAAUGAAGAUCGUGCCAACGUAGUAGCAGCUCUUGAUCAGUAUCGUGUCGCUGCUCCACCUUGUCCUUCGCCAGAUGACUUGAAAAGUUACCUCAAGCAUCAGUUCAAAGCACCUCCUUCUCAAAACGGUUACAUCAGUGGUAGUAAGAUUACUUGGACAACAGCUGGAUCCUUAGACCCAGAAAAACUCUCCGUUCGAGUUGUCUCAUCACACCGAGGAGGUUUGGGAAAGACUCUGUUUGUUCGUCGCUUAACAGAACAGUUGCCUAACCUCGUAAACAACGACAUGGUUAUGACAAAUUUACGGAGAAAGGACUCAAAAACAUUCUUGCACGUGACCGUGCCUCUUCAUGGGAAUUCCACAGACUCGUCGAUGCUUGUUGAUGCACUUCUUCCGCAUGCAGUGAAGGCAAAUGUACCGCUGUCCCGUAUAUUCCACCUGGACGUGUCACCUUCGAUGAGACGUGGUUUGGACGCCCUUAUUUUCAACCUUCUUGUCCUUGGCUACCUUUGUGACAAGAUGGGGAGAGUGUGGAGGAGACGAAGCACAGACUUGUACAUCAUUGAGAUUACGACCACUGCACCCCUACCCAUGGGUUUCGCCAGGGAGGAAGAAGCUCAAAGUCAAGGGAGACAAUCUGGAAAAUCCGCAAUGUCUAAGCGGCCAGUUUAUGACCUGCUACCAACUAUUGAGUGUCAAACACCAAGAACUGUUCUCUGCCGUUUAGCAGAUACUCCAGAUAAACAGGACUGUAAUCCACUGUUUGACGUCAAAGAGUUUCGAAACGCACCGUUCCAGAGGGUUUAUCAAUAUCUGAAACUGUCAAAUGAAGGAAAGAGUCUUGACAACUUUACGUUUUCGCCAGGAAAUGUGGAUGAAGAUCAAAGGACAUGCCUCAUGCUCCUUCUUAGAAAUUGUGGUAUUCCUGAUCCCUCGUGGUCAGAGAUUCGUCAUUUUGUGAGUUUCUUGAACUCGCAGCUCCGAGACUGUGAACAAAGUUUUUUUUGUGACAUGCAGCUGAUGAGGGCUGUUUUAGCAGGACCCAAUGUGCUGAAUCUUGAAGGUUUCCGCUCCUUUGUUGUGCGCUUUAUGAUACAAAUGUCAAGGGAUUUUGCUACUCCAUCUUUGACAGAAGAGAACACUGUAUUUUAUACGGAGGACAACGCAGAGCUCGAGCGAAAAGAGAUCGAACAGUUUCAACUUAGAAGACGCUGGGAAAGCAGUCCUCACCCCUACUUGUUCUUCAACCAAGACCACAUAACUAUGACGUUUCUUGGUUUCUUCAUCAAUUCCGUUGGUGAUCUUGUUGAUCCACAAACAAGUCAAAUUUUGGAGAAAGGUUUAAUGUCCAAACCCUUGCGAAAUGGUCUGCAGGCCCAACGUGUCGAUUUUGCAACAAACAUAGAGGCCUCCAAGAAAGAGGACAAGAUAAAUCAGCUAUGUUCUGUGAUGGGGGUAAACUGGUUGUACGAUCCAGACAUAGCCUAUGAAUUAACUACAGACAAUGUCAAGAAGAUUCUGGCUAUUCACAUGAGAUUCAGAUGCAACAUCCCUGUGAUCGUGAUGGGUGAGACUGGUUGUGGUAAGACCCGUCUCAUUCGAUACAUGUGCGGCUUACAAGCAGGGCCUGAAGGACCCCGGAACAUGCUUCUCGUUAAGGUUCAUGGUGGUACAACAUACGAAGACAUCAAGCUCAAAGUUCACCAAGCAGAAGAAAUGGCCCGCGAAAAUCAAGACAAGAAUAUUGACACGGUUUUGUUCUUUGAUGAAGCCAACACUACAGAGGCACUGACCAUGAUUAAGGAAGUUAUGGUCGACCGAAGAAUCAAUGGUCGGCCUAUUGGACAAGGGCUAGAAAGGCUGCAGUUUAUCGCUGCCUGUAACCCUUACAGAAGGCACACAGAUGACAUGAUCCACAAGCUGGAGUCAGCUGGUCUUGGAUAUCACGUGAGAGCAGAUGAAUCAGAAGAUCGGCUGGGUCAUAUCCCAUUACGUCAUCUCGUCUACCGUGUACACGCCCUCCCUGGGAGCAUGCGCCCGUUGAUAUGGGAUUUUGGUCAGCUGAAACCAGAUGUAGAAAGACUAUAUACUAACCAGAUUGUCAGCCGUUACAUUCUUCACGAAGGACAACUAGUAGGAGACUCUUCGACUGUAGAAGCAGUCGCUGAGGUUCUGGCAGCCUCGCAAAAAUAUAUGAGAGAUCAAUCGGAUGAGUGCAGCUUUGUUAGUCUUCGUGAUGUCGAGAGAGCCAUGCAAGUGAUGGUCUGGUUUUAUAAGCACGUGGAUACACUCGGUAGACUUAUGAGAAAGGUUACCGCUGAGCAACGAAGGGAGGAAGGUUUAGAUAUCGAUGAAGAUGAUAAAGAGGAAGAGAUGGAUUCAAUCACUCCUCUUACCCGAGCCCUGGUACUCGCCAUUGGUGUCUGUUAUCAUGCCAAGCUUCAGGAUCGGCGUGAAGAAUAUCGCACGGUCGUCGCCCGCAGCUUUAAGGCGCCAUGUUCGCUUCCAGGUGGUCACAAGCAGAUACACCGUGAGAUUUCAAGUUGUCAAAAAGCUGUGCUAAAUGAGUUGGAUCUCGGCCCCAACAUUGCUCGCAACACAGCCUUGAGCGAAAAUGUGUUUAUGAUGGUGGUGUGCAUUGAGCUCAGGAUCCCUUUAUUUGUGGUUGGAAAACCAGGCAGCUCAAAAUCUUUGGCGAAGACGGUUGUUGCUGAUAAUAUGCAAGGCGAUGCUGCAAGAUCGCAAUUAUUCAAGACCUUCAAGCAGGUUCACAUGGCAUCAUAUCAGUGCAGUCCUUUAUCUACCCCUGAGGGUAUCGUGGCGACUUUCAAGCAGUGUAGCAAGUUACAGGAGGGGAAAAAUCCAGACAAGUUUGUUUCAGUGGUAGUCCUUGAUGAGGUUGGUCUGGCAGAAGACUCUCCUCUCAUGCCUCUUAAAACUUUACAUCCAUUGCUCGAGGAUGGUGUAACAACCGCUGAUGACAUCAUCGAGACUGACGAGAAACCGCAGCGCGUAGCUUUCAUUGGAAUCUCAAAUUGGGCCCUGGAUCCCGCCAAAAUGAACCGUGGAAUCAUGCUGUCGCGUGGUGUUCCAAGCAGGGGAGAACUUAUUGACAGUGCUUUGGGAAUUUGCUCCACGGAUGAAGUGGUGAAAGCUCUUAUCCUGCCUCUCAUUUCUCCACUGGCCGCUGGAUAUGCAGAACUUUACAAGGAACAGAAAAAUUUUGCAACAUUAAAAAAAUGUGGCAAAGAAGAAUUUUUCGGUCUCCGUGACUUUUACAGCCUCAUAAAGAUGGUGUACGCAAUCGCUGCAAAAUCUCAACAGAGACCUCGAUGGCAUGAACUAGAACACGCUAUUAAGAGGAACUUCGGUGGCCUGAUUGAAGGAGACCCUGUAGAGAUAUUCAAACGCUACUAUACCGAAAAAGAUGAUGACUUCGUAGCCGAAAUCCCCACAACAAUAAGAUUGAUCGAGGCAAGUCUUGGAAGGGAAGACGUAGCAGAUAGAGCCAAUUUCAGUGAAAACCGUUACCUUCUGAUUCUGACUGAAAACUACGCUGCCUUACCCAUCAUGCAGCAGCAUCUUUUGAGAACAGCGGAUGAUGCAGUCGUCAUCUUUGGAAGUAGUUUUCCUAAUGACCAGGAAUACACUCAGAUUUGUCGGAACAUCAAUCGCAUCAAGGUUUGUAUGGAAACAGGGAGAACAGUGAUCCUAUUGAACCUUGAAAGUCUCUACGAGAGUCUGUACGACGCCCUAAAUCAGUAUUAUGUGUACCUUGGAGGACAAAAGUAUGUGGAUCUUGGGCUUGGUACUCACCGCUUCAAAUGUCGUGUUGACGAUGGCUUCAAAUUAAUCGUGAUUGCUGAAAAAGAUGUGGUGUACAACAACUUUCCUAUUCCGUUGAUUAACCGCUUGGAGAAACACUUCCUUGUGACCUUAACAAGUUUGACUCCAGACCAGAAGGACGUGGUACAGAAACUGCGGACUUGGGCCAGUGAAUUUGCCGAGGUUUCGGAUGAAGGCAGACAUGGCAGGGACUUCUCCAUCGGAGACGCUUUUGUUGGAUUUCACGAGGAUACAAUUCCCUCCAUUGUCAUGCAAGUCUGUAAUGAAAUUGAAAGGGAAGACCACUUAUCGGCAAGUGAUGACACAGAGGAUACAUGGGAAAUGAAAGUACUUCGCAGAUCUCAGAUGAUCCUUUUGGAGAUGGCUACACCUGAUGCCAUUGCUCGCCUUCCUCACACUGCUUUAGAAAGACGAGCCCCUCAUAUCUGGGAUGCCUACUUUAAAGAACAACAGCACUCAAGUUUGGCGACUUUCAUGUCGCACGUGCUCAAUUUGGAGGAUAGACGUUUUGAUGAAAAACGUCAGAAGGGGCUCUUGAUUCAAGUUACUACUCACUCACGUCUGCUCUCUAAGAACGAUUUGGCAGACAUAUGCAAUCAAACUGGCUUUGAACGGUCGACUGUGGAUUCCAUGACACUUCAACAGUUUCAAACGGAACAACAGUUUAGGGCUUCAGUCAGAACCUUUUUUGAACACCUUGGUGGAGAAUGCCCUGGUAUUCUUUUGGUUCAGUGUGAUUCAGGAGAUGAAAACUUUAACCUGAUUGCGGGUGCAAGACACAUUUUGCUGGAAGAGCGAACAAACGCCUCUGAAAUGCUCAACUUGUCUUCGUGGGAAGCUGUCCACAUUGUACUGAUCACACAGCUGCCGAGAAUAGCUGGUGGAUGUCGUAACUUUGUCGGUUUCCAGGGUGGAAAGUGGAUGUCCGUUCACAUUGAUGAACUUCGUCCACCUGGUAAGCACACUCCUUCCAUCGAGCAACUCAUCGAUCGUCCCAUCAGUGACCUUUUUAGUGGAGACCGCAUCGAGGAAGAUGACUCCAUGCCAGCCGUGACGGUGGCGGGGAAGCUCCUUCGUAAUUGUGUACAGGCGGCUGCGUGUAGGGUUGAUAGCGAAACGGAAUCAGCUGAACGGUCAACUCAAAGGAUUGAGCUGCUUUUGGAUUUACUACCUGAUGACUAUCAAACUCAAGAGGAUGAAGAGUCGUUUGCAAGCGUGGCGGUACAAAGAACAUACCACCUCUUAAAGGAAAGAGAACAAACAGCGGGAAAUCCACGUGGAUGGCUCCAAUCAGAAGCUCUGUCGGGAACAGGGGUGCAAGAGUGGGGCACCUUUAGAAAGGCUCUUCUGCAGCGAGUGUUCUCAGUUGUGGUUCCUAUUUUGGCCGAGAUCAUUGCAUUGGCAGACAGAGACCGCAAUUUAGACUUAUUGAAGAAUGACAACACGUGGGUUUCGAGGGUGUGGCUGAAGAUCUUGGCCGACCGUAGCAUCUCAGAGCUUAGUUACAGUGACAUGAUAUCACCCGCUACUAAUUCUGUUCGAGAACGUGUUCAAGUUUUUGGUUCUGGGGCCGGUGGUCAUCGUUUUUCCUGCCGAUUUCCAUUUUCGUUUAUUAUCAAGCAACGCAUGGAAAAAUUGUUAAAAGACGCAGCUAGCGUCGAAGCUCAUUCUAGCGCCACUCUGUUAGACUCUCUUCGUGAAUUGAUCUGUAACUCGCAAUUGGGACCUCCACUCCAUGAAUUGCGCCGUCUGCACUCCGCGGGACUGCAGUAUUUGAUGGAUUUUGUUCACAUGGUGUACAAGCCUUCUAGCGAUGUGGAACACGAGCUUGUUUACGAAGCGAUUCUUUCGUCAGCGAGAGAAAUCGUUACCCUGGAAGAUGAGGAUGGUAGCGAGUCGAUUGAUAUAUCACUCGUUCAUGUUGCACACAGUAGAGUUCAACACCGUUUGAACUGUUUUGAUACACUCGUCAGAGUGAAUCCAGAUCUGGUAGCAAGACUACGGGAAACUCUUCAAGGAAACGAGCCAGAAGUGCUUUUGGAUGUCAUAGCAUUGAACAUUUGUCUUGAGGCACUAGAGCCUUCACGAGAGAUGUUGCUUUCUCCGGACACACGACGAACAUGGUGUGACAGAGUUUUGUCUAUAAGGCCGGCGGUGGAAGACAUGAUAAGGAAAGAGAGGUUUGGACCUGUCACGGAGAAAUGUUCAAACUAUGGAGAGAGAUCAACAAUUAUGCUUGGUCACUGCAGGUCCAUGUGGCAACGAACAGGAGCUGUUCGACUCUUUGUGGAGCACGUGACAUUGUUUGCCGAGAAAGAUAAAGAUGUCAAUUCCGAGAGCGCGACCAGCUUGUGGAAGGUUUUGGGAGAUGAAACUGACUUUUCAUCGCUGAGAUCGCUGCAGGCCAUUGAAAAAUUCUUGAUUAACUACAGUGAAGACAUCAAGCAGAGGACCAAUGAAGAGACUGUUUCUGAGUUACGUCGCCGAUGUAAUGCCUUUUUCAUGGAGCUGGUGUCAAUAUUCUGUUUCGGUGACUCGAUGUCAAAGGACCUUGAAAAGGAAUCUAUCUCUCUGCUUAUGCGUUAUGUUAUCGGUCAUCAGUCAACUCAGACAAAGGAUUUCUCUCCAUUCCCUGAUUAUGCUAUUGACCCCACCCCUGUGGUGCGUUCAUUUCUUCUCCAGCAGCUAUUGCGCUCAAGUGCGAAGUUUACAAAGUUGGUGAAAGAACAGCUGGGAGUUUUCUUUCAUGGGGCUCGGAACUUAAAACCUGAACCUUCGCACGUCAAGGAAGUCUGCUUCUUAUGUGUCCAGUGCAUGGAGGACAUCCUUAUCAGCCGUUAUCAAGCCAAAGUGGCCGAUUCGAAGGUAACAGUAAGGCUCAAACAUGCUAAAAAGACUUGCGAAGAGGCAUUAACAGCUCUUAGGGCCAGUGACGAGGAUUCUGCUGAAAUGAGCGCUCUUUCUCUGGAUGGGGUUGCUAAAGGACGUUACGUUUUAUCACUGGUGGUAGAGUACCUUUACAAGUUGUUCAUUGAGGGAGAUAGCAGCUACAAAGACCUUGACGCCAAGAGAGAAGUGAUGUUAUUAUUAGAGUCUACAAGGAAGCUUUGCAUGGAAGUGUCGAGUUCGACACCGCAGCUCUACCUGCUUAAACAGCUUGUCUGGCGGUAUGGCUUGGACUGUGUCCGAACUCUGGGUGAAUAUAAGGAACUGGCGUGGAUUCUACCUCCAGAGGCCAGACAGCAGGAGGAGGAUGUAAUCCAAGACAGGUUUAUUGUUCAUGGAAACCAUUAUCGUGCCGUCCGUGAGGGACUGGCCAAAACUGUUAUCAGUGGGAACAUCCAAGACAUUGUCACUGCCAUUACGGAAACAAGUUUACAAGCUGUCUCUAAAAAUGUAAUCCUCCUCCUGGUAAUAUACCGUGAAAUAACGAUGGCAAAUAUUUCUCCAGUUCAGACACAGAAUUUGUCUCAGGAGGUGAGAGUAAAGCUUGAUGAUUUCGUAAGAAAUGGAGGACACCUAAAUGAAACGGCCCGACGUUUCGCCAAGGAACUUCUUGAAAACAAACAGGGUGGAAAUCUAAAGGAACUUCAAAUCUACAAUGGAAAGAGUCCGCAGGAGCACGCCUUGACCGAAAUUGUGAUCCAUACAGUAGUAGCUUUGCAGUGCGUUGGUGAAGCAUCUUUGGCUCAGCCCCUUUAUGCUCUCUUGACUAAUCCAUCGACUAUGAAGAAUUCUUUCUUACCAACAAUGCCCGAGGAUAACUAUCUCGAGUGCAUGAAGGUCAUUGCGGAAACUAUGAGAGGCACUGGUCGGGUUGGAGAAUGGUAUGAGUGUGGUAAUUGCAGAUAUGUGUAUUUCAUCGGGGAGUGUUCUAAACCAAUGCAGCAGGGCAAAUGUCCAGAUUGCGGAAAAGUAUUGGGAGGGAAGGAUCACGAGUUCUUAGGAGAAUACAGAGUUUCCGAGAAGAAAGAUAGGACUAAAACUGGCCAUGCACUCGGAGAACCUGGCUCGAGACCUUCGAACGCAGAACCUCAGAGAGACAUGCCACCGAUAGUGUGCAGUUUGCUGAGGAUUAUCAUGCACUCGGCUAUGGUCAUGGGAGCAUCCAGAGAUCCACAGGCAACCGCACAGCUGAUCACACCUUCAUGCUCGUCGCAGUCUGUGGGACAGUUUUUAUGGCAGCACUUGCAGAGAGACCUGGAUGUUCUCAGUAGAGCAAUCGGGUGCAGUGUUGAUAACGCAGCUCUGACAGUUCAUCUAGCGUUACAGCAGAUGAUCUCGCUAAAUGGGGGAAAAACCGGAAAUAACCAUGACAUGUGUCUUCAAACCCGGGAAAGUCGCCGCAGCUGGGAGAAAGCUUUUUGCUCUGAGAUUCUUGUUCCUGUCAUCACCCAUCUUGACGAGAAUCUCCAAAACGCCUCAAGGCUUUUGAUGGGAGACGAGAGAUUUGGAAAGGAUCCACUGGUACGUCAACUUUACGAGUUCGAUGAACAGAUGGAAGACUUGUCUCAAGGCGUCAGGCCCAUGUCUCGCGCUCUUUGGAAGUACAGACACCAUAUAACUGUUGAGGAACUGAGUAGCUCUUUUCAAAAAGAAGUCCUAUCUGGUGGCGGAGGGAAAUUCAAAGUGUUGGACGCUUUUCUCAAACAGGAACACAAGUUGCGUUUCGUUCAGUUUCUGCCCGAUGUUGUCCGCCUCCAGCGUCUAUUGAUGGACAGAUUCCACCGAAGAAUUGACAGAACAGAUGCUGAGAAUUAUACCGUCCGUGAAUUUCUCAAGGACCUUCCCAAAGGAUCAGUGAAAGAGGAGUAUACGAAUCUUUUCAAGAGUUUCAAGAAUGCUUGGAAUGCUUGCAAGUCAUUUCUCGGUGAUCAAGGUCGCCUGCGCGUCCCACAAGACCUUUGUGAUACCACGAUGGACAACGACUGUCCAAUCGCGAUGGUUCUCCCCUGCACCACCGGGAUGGGAGUUUGUUCGACCUCGCUCACUUUCUUCCUGGUUAAUGCAAAUAACGAGUCUCUGGGAGCCUACCGUAGUGCAACUAAUCAAGAUAGUCCCUUGGAGCGUGUCUACGUAUCAGAGGUGACCUUAUCGCACUUAAUAGCUUAUGAUCCUGAGAGAGACCUGCUGCCCCUCAUCCUGGCUCAUUGUAACUACUCUCUGGAGGUGGGACAGGAGACCUUAGUUCACUAUGAUUGGGCGGCUCUGGAGAGACAGCUGAUUGACAGGUUGUUGAGGGGAAGGCCUUUUGUCGAGUUCAAGGACGAACGUUUUGCGUUCAGCCGAGACACCCGAGAUGACGCAGUUUUCACUUCACUCACUGGAAAAAUUCCUCAGGAAUCCAUUUCCCGCGUCGUCGAAAGUCAGAUUAUUAAUGAUCUGCGGUCUUCCUUGUCUGAUGUCUGUGAUGUUAUGUCGUCGCUGGAUAUUGCCAUUGGUUUUCUAGCCUCAUCGGGUGGCCAGCCGGAGAGGCCUUUAAAAUGGUACUUACACGAGGUGCUUAAGCUACCCAAAGAUCGAGGUCUCAAGAGUGCAACAGCAGAGCAGCACUGCAGUUUGUCCCAUACCCUGGCAUUGUGGCGGCUUAUGGCUCUCGAGAGAGCAAAAAUCAAGUCCAGGAACAAACAAGAGCCUUUUGAGCAAUUACUUGACGUUUUCAAGGAAAAACUUAGCUCGAGCGAAAAGACCAGACUAAAUCGCAUGUUGCGAAAAAUCGACAUGGACAUAUUUCUGCCGCAGCUCCUGCAAAUUAUUCUUCUGAAUGUCAAAAAAGAUGGCGAAAGGAUUUCGACGAUGAGCUUUGAAGAGUAUUUGGAUUGUUGUUUAGCCGACAAAGGCUUGGAACAAAUCCCAGGAACUGAGAACAUCCCGGACAGCAUCAAAAUGGCACACCUAAAAGACGUUUGGAACUCCGCUGUCCAGCUAAGUGACGACUUCCACAAAGAUCGUCAAGCAGUUUAAUUUUCUGCUUGAGGAGCGGUCAGUUCAAAAUUCAAAUGAAGUGGUGCAGUUCGUUUUUAAGAAAUCUAAGAAGUCAACUUAUUUUUUAGUCAGUUAAAAGAAAUGAAUGGUACAUGCUGAAUUUUCAUAACAGUUUGGCUUCUGGCUUCAGUUUUCUCUCGCACAAUAAUGAGGUACUAGAUACUCAUAAUAACAAAUUAAUUCGAAAAUGUUGGCAUGUAAUAAAUACUGCUGUUUUCGUGGCUACUUUAAGGUAAUUCGUGGCUGUAGUUUAUGAAUAGGGCCAGUCAGUUUCUUUUGCCACGUAUAUUUACCCUUGGUUUACUUAGAGUGUUAGAAAAAGAAUUAUUCUCGAUGCUGUCUUCUGCAAAAAUUGCGGAAAAAGCAGAAGCUUUUAUGUUUAUGAAGACUAAAGCGGAACGGUACUAUUGAUUAAUUUUUCAUAAUUUGUUUCUUAUACAGUUUAAAGAUAACUCAAAAUGCUACAGCUGAGAAUUAUAUCAGCAUGGCAUGCAAGUUUGAACCGCACUUUGAAUUCAGUAAUGUCAAGUUAGUGUAGAAAAGUAUCUCUUCCAUUAAACUUUUGCAUAAAUUU